GAAAGCGAGUUGAAGGCCAGCAAAUUAAGAGAUUCCGCGCAGUUGCGCUCCCAAAAUAAUAAUGGAGAUAUUUGUUUUGGGAGUUCCGAUGGCAAUGCCGCAUCAGCAGCCCCUCCUGCAUCUACCAAUUUUGAUAACUCCGUCGAUGUGCUCCCGGAGAUUCUCAGCCAUCGAUUGCCUCUCGCGAGCCGAUCAGAGCCGUUGAUGGACGUCAGGUACUCGCCAGGUGGAUCUGGAGAUGCAGCGAGUAAUGACAGAGGUGGAGAUGCAGAUAGAUUCGCACACGUCAGCAGAUCAGCGCCAGGUGGAUCUGCACUCGUCAGCAGGGCGGCCAGGGGAUUGCCUGGUGCAUUGGAGGGGGCGGUGGGGCAUGUUCCGCAGACGCGGCUCGGCAGGGGCAAGUACCAAAUAUCAUUCGAUAACGCGCACACGCCUUCUCCUUCCACAGCCAAUGAGAGGCGGCCACGUGGACCGGACAAGGCGACAACAGAGGGCAUGGCGCAGGCUCUCCGGAUGGUGACCAAAUCGUUUGCUAUAGCCACUGUGAUAGUUGCGGGGGGAGCAGCAGUGGCCGUGGCAGCCACGUUUCGAGCAUUGGAUGUGCAAACGCUUGAGGACCUGCCUGUGAAGGGGAAAGCCGCCAUUCAACCACGAAUUGAUGCCAUUGCUCAGUGGCUCUCCCCUCUUAAUCACCAGGUGCAGCAACACACCCACUUUCCAGGAACCUUCCUAAUGUUGUUGCUGCAAUGGCAGCACCCUUCCCUCAAGCAAUCGACACUCCACCCCGCCUAUUCCGUGGGGAGGCCACACGACGCAGCGCACCUGCCCCUCCAGGCAACUUGCAACCACUUUCCAGGCACUUUCUUAGUGUUGUUGCUUCAGAGGCAGAACUCGCCCCUCUGGCAUUCGGCUCUCCACCCCCCCUAUUCUGUGGGGAGGCCAUACAAUGCAGCGCACCCGGCCCUCCAGCAAUGCAAGUGGCACCUGGCAGAUGGUAAGGUGCAAGGUGCAGAUGGUAAGGUGCAGGGUGCAGAUGGUAGGGUGCGGGGUGCAGAUGGUAAGGUGCAGGGCACAGAUGGUAAGGUGCAGGGUGCAGAUGGUAAGGUGCAGGGUGCAGAUGGUAAGGUGCGGGGUGCAGAUGGUAAGGUGCAGGGUGCAGAUGGUAAGGUGCGGGGUGCAGAUGGUAAGGUGCGGGGUGCAGAUGGUAAGGUGCGGGGUGCAGAUGGUAAGGUGCGGGGUGCAGAUGGUAAGGUGCAGGGUGCAGAUGGUAAUGUGCAGGGUGCAGAUGGUAAGGUGCAGGGUGCAGAUGGUAAGGUGCGGGGUGCAGAUGGUAAGGUGCAGGGUGCAGAUGGUAAGGUGCGGGGUGCAGAUGGUAAGGUGCGGGGUGCAGAUGGUAAGGUGCAGGGUGCAGAUGGUAAGGUGCGGGGUGCAGAUGGUAAGGUGCGGGGUGCAGAUGGUAAGGUGCGGGGUGCAGAUGGUAAGGUGCGGGGUGCAGAUGGAAAGGUGCAGGGUGCAGAUGGUAAUGUGCAGGGUGCAGAUGGUAAGGUGCAGGGUGCAGAUGGUAAGGUGCGGGGUGCAGAUGGUAAGGUGCAGGGUGCAGAUGGUAAGGAACGGGGUGCAGAUGGUAAGGUGCGGGGUGCAGAUGGUAAGGUGCGGGGUGCAGAUGGUAAGGUGCAGGGUGCAGAUGUGGCCCUUGGGGAUCCGCCUGAUGACGUCAUCACCCCUGUUGGCGCCACUUCCGCUGGUGCUGGCGUCAGUGGUGCUGUCGCUCGGCACUGUUACCCAGUCGUCCUGUAG